GGCGGCGGCGCGAGUGAUCCGAGCCGGGACUGACCGGGCCGUGUGCACGCGCACGCGCGCGCGCGCGCGGCCCGCGCCUGGCAGCUGGGAGCCUCCGCCGGGCCGUCCGGGCGAGCAGGCGGGGGAGGGGCAGGUUUUGGUUCUCACCAUGGCCAUCACUCAGUUUCGGUUAUUUAAAGUUUGCACCUGCCUAGCAACAGUGUUCUCCUUCCUAAAGAGACUAAUAUGCAGAUCUGGCAGAGGAAGGAAAUUAAGUGGAGACCAAAUAACUUUGCCCACCACAGUUGAUUAUUCGUCUGUCCCUAAGCAGACAGAUGUGGAGGAGUGGACUUCCUGGGACGAAGACGCCCCCACAAGUGUGAAGAUUGAAGGAGGGGAUGGGAGUGUGGCCACGCAGCAGAAUUCUUUGGAGCAGCUGGAACCUGACUAUUUCAAGGACAUGACACCAACCAUAAGGAAAACUCAGAAAAUUGUCAUUAAGAAGAGGGAACCAUUGAAUUUUGGUAUCCCUGAUGGUAACACAGGUUUUUCCAGUCGAUUGGCAGCUACACAAGACAUGCCUUUUAUUCAUCAGUCAUCAGAAUUAGGAGACUUAGAUACCUGGCAAGAAAACACCAAUGCGUGGGAGGAGGAAGAAGACGCAGCCUGGCAAGCGGAAGAAGUUCUAAGGCAGCAGAAGAUUGCAGACAGAGAAAAGAGGGCAGCCGAGCAGCAGAGAAAGAAGAUGGAGAAGGAGGCCCAGCGGCUGAUGAAGAAGGAGCAAAGCAAAAUCGGUGUGAAGCUCUCCUAACCCAGGCUUGCCACCACGUCCCAGUGCCAGUAGGAGAAGUCCGGGCCUGCGGCCUACACCACAAGCGUCUGUAUGGGCUGGAGAUAGUUUUCAGGGUACAAACGCCUGCUUGACCUUCUUGUGUUUAUUGGGCCAUCCAGGACACCGGGAUUCUCCCACAAUACCUUGUACUGAUAGGAAUCAAGACUCAACACAAAUCACUGAGACAACUAUUUUCUUCAAUGUGUUCCAAAUAUCAGACAAUUGUUUGCUGUCGCGAAGUUAUUUCAAGUGGAAUAUACCAGACCAGUACCUCUCAAGCUAGUGUUUCUAGCUGAAUAAAUUGGGUGUAAAUAAUUUUACGGUAGAAGAGUUCUCUGCUAUCUAUUAUGCUUUCAUUCAUUGUGCAUAAUUAUAAAGUAAUUUUAAUACCCUUUGUUUCCAUGAUCACUUGACAUAAAUUAAAGUGUAAGGAGGGAUUUGUACCCUCCUUAAUUUUGUUUGCAGGUAGUGUUGACAUACAUUUUCUAUAAUUUGAACUGGCAUUGUGUGGUACAACAUUAAGGAAUAUGAUGAUUUGGAUUUUCAAGAAAAUAACAUUAAAUGCAAUAAUUUUAUUUAUCAAAUUCUUUGUAUAUCCUUGUUUUCUUUUGGAUGGUAUUGUAAUGUUUUACAGAUUUGUAAUUUCUGUUGCAUGUAUAAAUGUUGAAAAUCAGCUGCAAUGACAAGUUUGUGUGACUUAAGAACUAGGAUUAGCUUUUCCCUUCAUUACAGACAUCAGGAUGUUAACAAUCUUUAAGGACCAUAGUCCUUCAUCCUCUUUAAAAGCCAUUGCUUUUCAAAUGCAGAAAGCCUUCAGUUUUAAUUGAUGUUUUUAAAGAGACUCUGGAAGAUUUCUCUGGAUUUUUUUAUAUUUUACACAAUCAGGGCACCUAUACUUUGAGCUACAUAAUAUUACUGAUCCAUUACAAACCAAGUUAUAAAUAUUUUUGUUUGUGAUAUUGAUGGACUUGUCUAAAGAAAUAAUUGCAUACUGUGUUUUAUGGGGAAAAAUCAUAUCUCAGAGUUUAAAAUGCCAUUAAAUUUUCUCCACAAUUGAAAUAUAA